AGUGGGCGGAGCCAAGAAACCGAAAGAGAAAGCGGGCCGGGCACAGUGGACCUCGGGCACCGGGAUGAAGCCGCAGUUGGUGAACCUCUUGCUACUGUGUUGCUGCUGUCUCGGCCGCCACGGGGUCGCCGGGACCUGGUCUUGGAGCCACCAGCGGGAGGCCGCCGCCUUGCGGGAAAGCCUUCAUAGACACCGAUACUUGAACUCUUUUCCUCAUGAAAACUCCACUGCCUUCUAUGGAGUAAAUCAGUUUUCUUAUUUGUUUCCUGAAGAGUUUAAAGCUUUGUAUUUAGGCAGCAAAUAUGCCUGGGCUCCCAGAUACCCAGCAGAAGGACAGAGACCUAUCCCCAAUGUGUCUUUGCCAUUGAGAUUUGACUGGAGGGACAAGCAUGUUGUGAAUCCUGUAAGGAACCAGGAGAUGUGUGGAGGAUGCUGGGCCUUCAGCGUGGUGAGUGCCAUAGAGUCAGCUCGUGCAAUCCAAGGGAAAUCUCUGGAUUACCUGAGCGUGCAGCAGGUCAUCGACUGCUCCUUUAAUAAUUCUGGCUGCCUCGGUGGCUCUCCUCUCUGUGCCUUGCGCUGGCUAAAUGAGACACAGUUGAAGUUGGUGGCAGAUUCACAGUACCCAUUCAAGGCAGUAAAUGGCCAGUGUCGCCACUUUCCUCAAUCACAAGCUGGAGUUUCAGUCAAGGAUUUUUCUGCAUAUAACUUCAGGGGCCAAGAGGAUGAAAUGGCCAGAGCACUUCUGUCCUUCGGCCCUUUGGUUGUGAUAGUUGAUGCGAUGAGCUGGCAGGAUUAUCUGGGGGGCAUAAUCCAACAUCACUGCUCCAGUGGGGAGGCCAACCAUGCCGUUCUCAUCACAGGCUUUGAUAGGACAGGAAAUACACCAUAUUGGAUGGUGCGAAACUCCUGGGGAUCCUCCUGGGGAGUAGAAGGCUAUGCCCACGUGAAAAUGGGAGGUAAUGUUUGUGGCAUUGCAGACUCUGUAGCUGCUGUCUUUGUGUGAUCAUGAAUUGUUUUGGAUUCACCAUGAGACAACUACGAAAAUGAUGCACUUCAUAGUGUGAUCCAACAUCAUACUCAACUCUAAGCAUUAUGCACCUUCAAGUUCCAACAAUUUGUCUACAGAGAGGUUCUAAGAGCAAACUGGCAUUUUGUAAAGCAACCUAGGACAUUCUAUUUUUUGCAAAGACAUGGACAGCCAAACUUCAUAGGAAAUCCCCAGGACGUUGACUGAUCAACGGACUCUGUGGGAUAGUGUGCACCUCUGAGAGUUUGGUGGGAUCAGAAGUCACAUAGUAUUCUCCUCCUGGAAGCAGUUGGGACUUUUGCUUGCUUGUUGUCUUUCUGGCUGUCUACAUUAAGGAAGUAUUUUGGUCAGGGUGAAUUGAAGAUAUGAUGAGCCUUUGUUUUUCCCUUGUGACUUAUAAUCACCAGUCUUAGAUUACCUCAUCUACAAGAACUCUCAACCUGAUGCAAUGUGUGCCUCAUAAUUAGAAUGGCCUUCUGUUCCAUGUGAACAGAUUUGGAAUAUCAGUUGUUUUAUUUCAGCAAAUGGAACUUACUCUAGACAGUAGAACAAAUGUGCACCAAGAUGAAACAACGAUGCACAAAGAGAAUCCCAUCUUCAGAGAGACAAUCCAACUGGAGUUAAAUAAACACGUGACAACAGUGUGAUAAGGAGUACACUAUGCCACUUCCAGGGAGUCAUGAUGUCUAUAAAGCUUCACUUUUAAACACCCAAAAUGUUUAGCUUCUUGCCUUCUUCCCUCUGAGGUAGAGAAUGAAGUAUUGUCCACAUUUAUUCCCUCUCUUGUCCUUUAUGGUACAAGUCCUAUGGUUUCCUGGUGGUUUACCUUCCAGUCCAAAGUAACUCAGUACCGUUGGUUGUAUUCCAUUUCUGUUACCCAAUCUCUUACUUAAAAACAAAAUCUCUGACACAGGCUCACAUUGCUCCUUGUUUAUGUCCUUCAUUAGAAUACCAGCAUCAAUAACAAAGCUCCUUACUCUUUUGUCUGUACCAGUGAGAAGCAAUCUUGAAUGUGCAGAUCAUGGAGGGUAAAGAAACGGCAGAAGACAUUUCUUAAGGUUUUGAAUAAAGUAGCCUAAUUAUCGAAGGAAUCCAGGAAGGAAUGUAGUUCAGCUAUAGUGUUUCUUAAUGACUUUCAUUAUGUUAUCAGCAAUGUUUCUAAUACCCAGUUUCAAAUGCAGAUAAACUUGAAAUUUUCAAAAUCACUGUUACUCUUUAAGUAUUCUGGAUUGAUAACAUUUAUAAUAAUACAACCUACAUUUGACUUUGAAUUAAAAGUAACUUAUUCUUAAAUAUGUAGUCUAUGAUUUAUUAUUAUUUAUGAGCACUAAUAGAUAUUUAUUAGUAUCGAUAAGCUUUAUAUUUACAUUUUCUUGGAUUUGAACCCUUAUAUCCAAUGUGCUUUUCUCCAUAGAUGAUUUUAAUUCCACCAUGUCCAAGAUUCCUCUCAUCAUCUUCCCAUAUCUGUUGUCAAUGCUCAGUGGUCCUCUUCUCCUUACCUUUUCUUUCUGUCAGCAGCAUUGCUAUUGUAUAAGCAGGCCAUAGAGUCAAAAGGAAUUCUAGACAAUCAAGUUGUCUCCUCCUUAGAACCCAUUCCUACAUCUGUCUCCAUCCUCUCUUUCACGCAUCCUUUCUGGGAGGUACACUUUUUAUUAUCUCCUAUCUACACUCUUCAGUUGUUUCCAGCCAACCUAAAAUAAAAAGGGAGAUAUCUUCAUAAAAGUUUAGGUUUUUUUUUUGUUUGUUUGUUUGUUUGGUUGGCUUUUGUCUUUUAUUUUUGUAUAGAGUUAUGAUGAGUUUUGAUGUGAUGCACUUCAAACACUUUUUGUGAUAGUUUUUGUUAUGUAUCAAUUAUAUGUAACACUCCCUUUCAGUGACUUGUUAGCUUUAUUCCUUUCGUUUUCUUGUUAGUGCCUGGUGUAAGUAACUCCCUAUGGUUCUGACAACCUUUAUUAGUAACUAAACUAUGUGACCUUUAACACAGUAGGUCCUGAACAGUAAUCUCCAGAGCAGAACAGAUGGCUUUGAAAGAUGCUACUAUAAUGUGUCCUAUAUUUCCCCAGAUUUAUAUUUCUAAAAUGAUGUUAUCAUUUUACUCACAAGUUUUACAGCACUGGAAAUCAGUAAGAUAACAUGCAAAUUUUUUCAAAUAAGCAUUAUGGAGAGGUCUCUCUCUACCUUUGUAUCCCCUGUAAAUAAGUGAUGACGCAUAUACACCAGCUCAUGGGUGCUCCUGCCCCAGAAAACCAGAGACAGAGCAGCCGAAUGUGUUCCUUACUACACAGCAUUCAUACUGAAGAUCACCAACAGGUCCUGAAAGUGAUUUGACAAGGUCCCCAUUGCAACUGUUAAAUGGGUCAACUUUGCAGUGCCUUUGAAAUAUCCCAUCACUUGGGAGGCAGAGGCAGGUGAAUUUCUGAGGUCAAGGCCAGCCCCCCCAC